UAGGAAUGAAAACAAACAUGGCGGAGGGAAGCAGUACAGCAGAAACGGGUAGCGACAUAGGAAUAGAUGAAACUAUUACAGGAAACUUAAGCAAAUAUACUGCUGUUCCACCAGGUUACUAUGGAGAGACAAAAAAAGGUCAUCUUCUUUUUGAUGCCUGCUUUGAAAGUGGGAACCUUGGACGUGUGGACCAUAUUACUGAAUUUGAAUAUGAUCUGUUCAUCAGACCAGACACAUGUAAUCCACGUUUUCGAGUCUGGUUCAACUUCACUGUUGAAAAUGUAAAAGAAUCUCAGAGGGUCAUUUUCAAUAUUGUCAACUUCAGUAAAACAAAGAGCCUCUAUCGAGAUGGAAUGGCUCCAAUGGUAAAAUCUACAAGCAGGCCUAAAUGGCAAAGACUUCCACCCAAAAAUGUGUAUUAUUACCGCUGCCCUGAUCACAGGAAGAACUAUGUAAUGUCAUUUGCUUUUUGUUUUGACCGAGAAGAUGACAUAUAUCAGUUUGCGUACUGCUACCCUUAUACUUAUACUCGUCUUCAGCAUUAUCUGGAUAACUUAGAGAAGAGGAACAUGGACUAUUACUGCAGAGAGUUUCUAGGACUUAGUGUGCAACAGCGGCAACUUGACCUCUUGACUAUAACCAACCCUGAAGAUAAAACAGACCUUGAAAACAGUGUGAUGCAGAAGAAAAUUAAAAUCCCCAAGCUCUCUCUCAAUCACCUAGAAGAAACAGGGGAGAUUACAGAUUAUGGGGAUGAAGAUAUGGAACUUAGACACUGUAAGAGACAAGAUGGAAAGAAACAGAACGAAGGUACGCACAAAAGCAUUGAAGCAGUUGUUGCGCGCCUUGAAAAACAAAAUGGAAUGAGUCUUAGUAGUAAUUCCAGUCCUGAGGCAACAUUUAUGGAAACUUCAGACAGAAUGAACAAUAUGGACGAUGCUGUAGUUCCUCGAGUUCUUUAUGAAGAGUUGCUGAGAAGCUAUCAGCAACAGCAAGAAGAAAUGAGGCACAUUCAACAAGAACUUGAAAGAACAAGAAGGCAGCUUGUUCAACAAGCAAAAAAGUUAAAGGAGUAUGGGACAUUAGUGUUAGAAAUGAAGGAGCUAAGAGAUCUGAACAGACGGCUGCAGGAUGUCCUGCUUCUCAGACUAGGCAGUGGUCCUGCCCUAGAGCUUGAAAAGGUUACACCAGAAUCCAUUGAACCUGAGCCUGAUGUACAGACAGCUUUCAGUGAGGAAGCAAACACUUCAACGUACUACCCAGCUGCUAUUCCUGUAAUGGACAAAUACAUUCUUGAGAAUGGGAAGGUUCACCUUGGAAGUGGCAUCUGGGUAGAUGAGGAGAAAUGGCACCAGCUGCAAGUAACGCAAGGAGAUUCAAAGUAUACAAAAAACUUAGCAGUUAUGAUUUGGGGAACUGAUGUUCUCAAAAACAGAAGUGUCACAGGUGUUGCCACUAAAAAAAAGAAAGAUGCUGUUCCUAAGCCACCUCUGUCACCUCACAAGUUAAGCAUUGUCAGAGAAUGUUUGUAUGACAGGAUAGCACAAGAAACUCUGGAUGAAACGGAAAUUGCACAGAGACUCUCCAAAGUCAACAAGUAUAUUUGUGAAAAAAUCAUGGAUAUCAAUAAAUCAUGUAAAAAUGAAGAAAGGAGAGAAGCAAAAUAUAAUUUGCAAUAAAUUUUGAAUUUUUAAUAAAGUGUUAGUGUUUUACUCUG